UUAGAAACAUCGAAUAAUAAUUCACCAAUUCUUCACUUAAACACCUCUCCAAUUUGUACAAAAUUAUCUCCAGUUUUAAAUAAUAAUGAUAUACAAUCUACUACUUCAAAACAUUCUUGGUUAGAUGAUGAAACAACUCCAUCACCUUUAAUGAAACGUAUACGUUUAUCAAAUAAUAAUGAAAUAGUUACAAAUUCAUUAUUGAAUAUAACUACUAUUACUACUGAUAUUAAUAAUAGUAGUAUAGUUCCUUCUAAUUCUAUUUCUCAUAUGAAUAAAUCUAUUCUAACUAAUUCAGUACUUGAUUUUCUCACUACAAAUUCAUUCAAUAAUUACAUUAGUAAUGACGAUAGUUGUAAUAAUAAGAUACAGGAAAUCAAUCAAAGUUUGUUUAUUAAACCUAUUAAUGAAGAAAAUUGUCAAGAAACAUUUGCUUCAGAUCAAUUAUUGACACCAGAGAAAAAUUCAUCUAAUUCUAUACUUGAAUCAGUCAAUAUUACACCAAUUCCUUUUACUCCAUUACCUAAAUAUGAACAAAUGAUGACUCCAGAAUUGAAACGUGCUUUAUCUAAAUAUGGUGUGAAACCUCUUCCACGUAAACGUGCUAUACUACUCUUAAAAGAAAUCUAUAAUCAACUUCAUCAAUAUGAAGAAGAUGAACAGAAUCCAUUUAUCCCUAAUAAACAAAUUGGAUCAGUGAAGUACAAUAAUAAUAAUAAUAAUAGACAACUACAAGAGAACUGUAUAAAUAAAGAUAAGAAAUGUAUUCAUAAAUUGAACAGAUCUAAAAAGAUAAUGUUAAAUGUUUCAAAUAAUAUAAAUAAUGUAUCAUUAUUACCUAUAAGUUGUCAAAAUGAUACUACUACUACGACUACUACUACUAGUAACAAUAAUAAUAGUGGUGAUAGUAUUGUUCAACAAGAAGUGUUGUUAUCAACUUCAACUCCUUCCAGCAAGUUACAAAACCUAUUGAAUUAUGAAGUUCUUUCAUCUGAUGAACUAUCUCAUUCAAAUAGUCAAAAACAAAACAAUAAAGACAAGGGUAAUAUCAAUCAAAUUGUAUUACAUUAUUUAAAGAAUAAUCCUAAUUUAUAUAUGAAUAUAUUAACUUAUACGGUAAUUCAAAGUAUAUUCAUAUAAUAACGUUUCUUUUUAGCCAUUAGAAUUUGAUAUUGUACAUAAUAUGCUUAAAUCUGAUGGUAUCCUAAUUGGACAACAAAAGUUAAUGGAUCUUCUUGAUGAUCAGUGUAUUACAUUCACAUUACGUAAUCGUAUCAAACACCAGAAUAAAUACCAUAGUUCAAUAUCUAAGAAAUCAAUUAGGUCUAACAGAAAUAUUCUACAAUAAUAAAUAUAUAUCUAUGAUAAAUAUGAUACCUUGAAUAUAAUGUCUUUCAUAUAAUUAUUAUUAUUCCAUGAACUGAUAUUCUCCGUAUUCUAUGCUUGGUAUUAAAUGUCUCAUUAAAUUCGAAUGUAUCAAAUAUGCAUCAAUCUGCAAAAAAGUAAAAUGAAGUUAUAUUAUAUUAAUUACAACAUGGGUUUAUUCAAUUUCUUCAUGUAAGUGAACUAGGACAAACAAUCAGGUGUUCGUCGACCUACUGGUCGAACGACGAGCACACCGUG